CGCCUUCCGCGGUGUGAUUUCGCGCUGUCGUCAUCAGCGACGAAGAAGAGAGGAGUCGGCUACUGUUUCGCCAUGGAGCCCGGCGAGGCCUCAGGCCUGGUCUCCCUCCUGGUCCGGAGCCCCGCGCAGCGCCAUUCGGACCUGCCUCUCUCCGCCCGGCGCUCCUGGAGCGUCCGACGCCUCAAGGCCGAGCUCCGCCGCCUGCACCCGGAGGCCCCGGUGAGGCCUUUAAGCGCUUCGCCUGAAGACACUCAGAGGUUGAUUUAUUCCGGGAAGCUUUUGCAUGACCAUCUGUGCUUGCAAGAAGUUUUCAGUAAGCAGGAGAUGGUGCAUGUUCUACACCUGGUGUGCAAUGUAAAGAAUCAACCAAAAAUGCAAGAGGCUGACACUAAGACUGCAGAUACUGAGCGCCAGCCCGUUCCAUCUAGCCCUGUACAUCCUUUAGUCUCUGCAUGGAGUCAGAGUGGAAAUGUUUGCAACCAGCCUCAUCCAGCAGGAGAUGCUGGUGAUCGAUCUCCACCGACACAGAUUCCAUUUCAAGGCAUGAACCCUGGCUACUCUUAUGCAACAUACCGAAUGCUGCAGUUCUGGUUCCAUCAGAUUUAUGCCAGACAAUAUUAUAUGCAAUACAUGGCUGCCAAUGCUGCGUCCAACGAUGCCUCCUCCACACGAAGCACGCAAGAGAUCCCAGUCGCCCCGGUGGCAGCACCUGCUCCCCUUCCUGACCCUUUUCCUGUUGGAAACCAACCCGGGAAUCCCAACGCCCCUGCUCCGGCCAACCUGGGUGUCAAUCCCAAUCUCCGUGUGAACGCCCAGGGCGGGGCCCUGAUGGAAGAAGAGGAGGAGGCCCAUCGGGACUGGCUGGACUGGCUUUAUUCUGCCACCCUCUUCUACGUUUUCGUCAAUAUUGUGUAUUUCUACUCCAGCAUGAGCCGGCUUGUUAUGGUGCUGGUGGGCACCCUUCUGAUGUAUCUGCACCAUGUGGGCUGGUUUCCAUUCAGGCGAGGGCCAGUUCAGCCUGCUCAGAACAACAUUCCACCUGAAGCAGCGGUUAACCAAGACCAAAACAAUAACUUGCAGCAGCAAGGAGAAAAUGUGGGCAGACCAGAGGAAGCUGACGCAGUGGACGUUGUACCCGAAACACAGCCAGUUGCCCCUUCCUUUGCGAGCACCGCCUGGCUCUUUAUCAGGACCUUCUUUGCCUCGCUUUUGCCGGAGGGCCCUCCUGCGGUGGAAAACUGACUGGUCUCUUCCUUACGAAUCAAAUGACCGCACUUAGAUACUGGACCUAAGCUGGGAGGCCAAAGCUGCCUGGUGUUGUCAGCCAAAAGAAUACCGAAGAGGAACAUGACACAAGUCAAAACAGGCUGGUCCCCCAAGUCGAUGCAUAAAACAGGAUCUAUGACAAUGUGUAAUUCUUUACUUAAUGCAAGUAAAGCCACAAGUGGACCAGAGGCAGAGAAGCCAAUCGCUUCUGCCAGUGUGACUAUUCCUUUUGGAAUAUAUCCUCAUAUUCUUUAAAUACACUGAGUGUAUUAUCUAAUGCAGCCAGUGAAUUUAGAUAUAUAUGGUAAGGAUUUUACAGGGAGAAUGUAUGCCAAAGACAAAGCGACCACAUUGUUUCCUCCCAGUGGAUGAAAAUAGCUUCCAACAGAAGAAACCAUUCCUUAUCAGAAUUUUUCUCCGGGUUGAGAACAAGGGCUGUUUUUCUGUCACCAGUUGAGUCCAGAUGUCUUGAGUCUUACAUGGAGCACUUCUGUAAAUGCUGAACAUUCCCUGGUAUUCCUGUAAGAAAGAUUCUGCAUUCAGUGGAAUAUAGUAAAAAAUAUAUAUUUGUGUCACAAACUGAAGGGGGUUCUGUGUGCUGAAGAGUUGGAGAAAAUGCUUUUCUCUCUGACGCCAUAGCCUUAAACUUCCAUCUUUGCAAUUACACUGCAGACGGAUUAUAUGUUGAAGACGUCUUCCAGUCCUGCCUCUGCAAAAUAAUGCUUUUGGGUUGGAUGCAUAGGUGCAAAUAGAAAAAAACCUUCAAUUCUUUGUGAGGGAAUAUACUUAUUUUCCCGGUGGAUUAUAAUUUUUUAAAGAAAUGCAUGGAGUUCUGUAAGGGGAGGGAAAGAAUGUGUGCUUACUUUCAUGUGCGUUUUAAAGCUUGUGGCUUUUAUAAGUAUGAUAUGAUGAUUUAGUGCCUUUGGAAUCAUCUUUAAAAUAGCUGGCAGCUGUACUGAGAUAUUUUCCUUUGCUCCUUGGUCUUUUUUAGAGGCAGUUAAAAUGCAUCUCUUUCCGCUCCUCUUUGGCCUAUGCCUCCUUCCAAAACAUGCCAUGAGUUUGCAAUGGGAAUCUUUGCUGCUCAGGGAUCAUUUCCUUAGACCACCUGCAUAUAGGGACCGUUUUCUUGUGUAUGUAAUCUGCUCCCCAAAAAAAGAUACUGAAAUUGUAUUUUCACCAUUUUAGAUCAUGAAACUGAACCUCCCAUUCAUAUCUAAUGUAUAUUGUAAAUUUUACUUGUACAGAGAACUGUCUGCAGACCUUUCUUGUAUAUUGUCAUAAAAAGUUUAAUAUAUGAUGGCUUAAUUUUAUUAAAAGUCAUAUACUGCUAA